CCAGUCGAAAUUGUUUAGCGGCGGCGAGUAAAAUGUCGCGCAAAAGAACUCUGAUCAACAGUAUCUUGCUACUUUUUCUGCUAAGUGGCAACCACGGCAUCUUAGCAUUGUUUGAGGGCUGCGAUAAUACCUUUAACAUAAACCCCGGCACCACCUACUAUGUGCAUUCUCCGAAUUACCCCAAUACAUAUCGUCGAGGGACGUCCUGCCGCUAUCAAAUUAUUGCACCAGUGGACUAUACGGUCGAAGCCAAUUGCACCAUCGAGUUACCUAGUAGCGGCGGUCAAUGCACAACGGAACAUUUUUAUGUGAGCACCGAAGGCGAUCCGCAGCUUCGCGAUUCGGAACAGUUUUGCGGCCAGGGCACAUUUACGCGUGUCUCCUCAUUUCGUCAGCUAACUUUAGCGUAUGUCUCCGACAAUACAGGACCUGGAGGCAGAUUCCUUUGUUCAGUAACCGCUUAAGAUCAAGACACAUUUAAACCAGGAGAAUUUAACAAAAUGUAUAAUGCUAAUAAAUUAUAGACACAGCUACCUAAUUUCGCUUAGACUUGAAUCAUGGAGUUUCUUAUAUUUUAUAUAAAUAUUUUUUAUUCAAAUAAAGUAAGGUGUUGAGAGAAAAGAAAAAAAGAUAACUAAAAUUGUUUGUACAUACAUAAGUUUAUAGUAAAAUCAAUAAAUAAAUACAUUCACUGACAAUUCCCCAACAA